AUGGCUACACUAGAGGAGAUACGAAUGAAACUUUCUAAGGAAAACUCUGAACAAAAUAUUGAAAAGGAGAAAAAACAACUAGCAGAACUUCAAGCCAAAAGAGAAAAUAGUGCAAUAGCAUUUGAGAUUGAUGUCGCAAAAUAUCUCACUAGCGGGAGUAUACCAACAAAGUCGACAUCUUUACCAAAAAUCUCUCUCGAACAAAUUCAGUUAGAGGAUGACAACACAGACUUGGAGAAAUUCCUGGAGAGU